GUCGCUGUAACUCAUGUUCCAGAUUCCAUUGACUGGAACUAGCGCUCUACUGCUCAUUGCUUGUAAAAUUUGACAUGGAGUUUUCAAGGCUUGGUGGGUGGUUCUCGUGACUGGCGGCUCCUUCUUCGUUCCGUGCUAGGCAGGAUGAAGGGGAUGGUAACUUUUCGUGUUGGUGGCUAUUCGGAGCUUAUAAGAUGGGCAGGGAGCGUAGCAAAUACAUUGUAAAACUAGAAUACUAACAGUCUACUCAAUUACAUUUUAAAGGCACUGAACAUAGUACAUACUUAGUAAAGAGAUUAUCCUUUAUGGCGAAACAAACCUAUCUGGAAACGGUUUGUUCUCCUUCGAAGGACGCUAUUCAACUGCCGUCAAUUAGAAGUCUUUUGAAAGGUCCGGCAGGCUCAUGUACUCUGCCAGCAAUCUUGCCAAUUGCCGCUCAACCACCAGUUUACACUCAACUGCCCAUUCGAAGUGAAGUCUUUCCUGUGAAUCAAACUCUUACAGAGCGGCCUCCUCUGGAAUUUGCAUCCGUUCAAUUAUUGGAUGAAGAUGAAAACAGCUGCAGGCAACAGUUAACUAGAUCGCAAAGCCUCGAGAUACGAAAUGGCCAAAGUAUUCGAGGUCGCAGUCCAGUCGAGGGCAUACCGGGUACAAAGGUAGCUGUUAACGAUGCUCAGUAUCUGUUAGAAAUACGAUAUCGGGACGAACGUCUUAAGAUUCAUCAUGACCUUGAAGAUAUCCAGGAGAGGAUUUGCAGUAUACUAGAGGAAUGUGAGCAAUUGAUGAAGGAGAAAAAUCGAUUGCAAAGACGCUCAGAAGAUAUAAAAGUGAUGACAGGGACACCAAACGAGACGUUAGUCAAAGAGGAGAUGACAGAAGACCAAAACCUGAGUUCGUCCGAUGUUAUAAUAGCGAUAGAUCAAGCAUACCUGAAACGAAUCAUCGACGGCGAGCAGACGCACAUUUUUCGCAGACACCUUCUGCCGGCGGGGAUAAAUCGAAUAUGGGUACGCUCUGGAGGGUCAUUAGUGGCCGAGGAGCGUGAGAUCAAACAUAUCUGCGAGGUGAAACCUAUGCGAAGGAACUUCCGUCACUCACUGCCCAAUAGAAGCGGGAAGGGGUAUCUAGAGUUCAAUACGAGAUAUAAGGACCUGGGGAAUUAUGAGUUUGCGUAUAAGGUAUUGUCGGUUUAUAAUUUGACAUGUCCGAUUACGAAAGUUGAUCUGAGAAGGCAUGGGAUAGAUCGAAGUGCUGGAUCUAAGUAUAUAUAUAUGCCAACUCCUCUUUUGAAUGAUCGUCCAAAGGAAAGCUGGGCUAAGGUCUGGUGAUGGAAGUGGUUCAUGGGGCCGCUCAGAGUUUCGCAAAGUUUGAACGUUCAGAUGCUGGAAUGCCAAUACUGAGCAUGGUUUUCGAGGAUCUCGAGGUAGGUAGGAGAUAGCCAUAACGGACUGAAUGUUCGACAAGUUGUAGGUGUAUCAAUGUUGAGUAUGGGGAAGCCAGAGAGAAUAUGAGACGAUCAGAAAAGGGUUGAAGGUCCCGCGUGGUACAUAAAAGGAGAGCCGAAGUUGAAUGGGUAAGAAUUGGAGGGGUGGUCGGUGGAUGUCGAUUGUGCAUUCCGAUAAGAAAGAAUGUAGCGCUAACAUAUAGCCCUACGUCACCCCGAGGUCACCCCGCCUUCCGUAUGAAGCGAGGGGCAAAUGGUGCUAUCAGUAGGUAGUACUGCUUGUACAAUAGAACAAAUCAUACA